UCGCUUCCCUCCCGCCAUCUUAUCCGCCAUAGUGGCCAAACUCUCAACCUAAACCUCUCAAACCCUAGCCCUAGAGAUCAUCCAUGCCGCUCCUCGCCGCUGCCGCCCUUCCGGCCGGCGGCACAAACCUCUUCGCCUCCCCUCCCCCCAAUCCCCGCCUCAACGAGCCCCUCCCCCCCAACCGCCCUCCCCCUCUCCCCGUCCCUAAGCGAUCCAAACCCCCUUCCAAAACGCCCCCGCCCGGCCCUUCCCGGAAUGCCCCUCCUCCUCCUCCUAACCCCGCGCUCCGCGCCACCCACAACCGCUCCCGCUACUACAAGCCCGUCUCCGAUGGCGUCCUCGCCGCCGAAGCCGACGGCCGCACCGUCGUCGUCGGCCCUUCCGGUGUCUCCUACCUCCUCCCUGGCGCCCCCUUUGAGUUCCAGUUCAGUUACUCCGAGACCCCCAAGGUCAAGCCCCUUGCCAUCCGGGAGCCCGCCUUCCUCCCCUUCGCCCCGCCCACCAUGCCCCGCCCCUGGACCGGCAAGGCGCCGCUCUUGUCCAAGAAAGACAAGGAGAGGAAGAAGAAGAAGAUCCGGUUGUUCGAACCGCUGGGACAACCGGAGAAAGUGGAGGAGGAGGAGGGAGCGAAGGUCAUGGAGAUGGCCCGGAGGGCGGUGCAAUUGCGGCGCUACCCCAACGACGGGAGGACCCGGGAGGAGAUAUUGGGGGAGCCGCUGACGAGGGUGGAGAUAAGGGCGCUUAUCAAGCCCUCUGUCUCCUCCAACCGUCAGGUGAAUCUCGGAAGGGAUGGGUUGACUCAUAACAUGUUGGAAUCAAUACACUCACAUUGGAGGCGCCAGGAGAUUUGUAAGGUUCGGUGCAGAGGUGUUCCUACUGUUGAUAUGGACAAUAUCUGCCAUCAUCUUGAGGAAAAGACUUAUGGAAAGAUUAUACAUCGAGUUGGUGGUGUUGUUUAUCUUUUUCGUGGCAGAAAUUAUGACCCUCGUACACGCCCACGAUAUCCUAUAAUGCUCUGGAAACCAGCUGCUCCUGUUUACCCAAAGCUUAUUCAGGAUGCUCCAGAAGGACUUACAAAAAUAGAAGCAGAUGAAUUGAGAAAGAAAGGGCAAAACCUACUGCCAAUCUGUAAAUUAGCAAAAAAUGGAAUAUAUAUUAAUCUUGUUAAAGAUGUGAGGGAUGCUUUUGAAGGAAGUGAGCUGGUAAAAGUUAACUGCCAAGGGAUGCAUGCAAGCGAUUACAAAAAAUUAGGUGCAAAGCUGAAGGAACUUGUUCCUUGUGUUCUGUUGUCUUUUGACAAUGAGCAGAUACUGAUGUGGAGAGGUAGAGAUUGGAAGUCAAGGUAUAGGGCACCUAUCUCUUCUGUUUCAAAGCUUAGCCAGACUGACAGUGGUGUUUCAUCUGGUUUGGACAAUUCAGGCCGGUCAAAUGAUGUCAGUGACAAUUGCACCACCAAAAAACAGCUCUCCAGCCCAAAAAUGCUUUCCCUUUGGAAGCGUGCGAUAGAUUCAAGCAAAGCACUCUUGCUGGAUGAGACUGAACUCAGCCCAGAUUCUCUUCUUCAAAGGGUUGAGGAGUUUGAAGGGAUGUCACAGGCAACCGAGCAUUCAUAUCCUGCCUUAAUCCUUCCGAGUGAAAAUGAGCCUGAUGUUUCAAUAGCCACACAUAAUGCUAGAUUUAAAACCGAGGCUGAGAGUGUUCACAACAACGAUGAUGAUGAGUUUAUAGAAAGAGAUCCUUAUGAUGAAGAUUAUGAAGAUUUUGAGAAUGAUUCAAUGGAUUCAUUUGAGGAGGUUGAGUCCUCAGUUCCCUUUGGUUCUUUACCUGUUGAUUCUCUAGCAGAACGACUCAGUUUGGAAUGAAUACAUGCCUCUGCUGGAGACCUUGGUGUUUUCAGCGUUAAAUCCUUCCAAGGAAAGCCCCCUUUUGUUACCAGUUGAGACAAGGUUUUGCUAACAAAAUUGCCCAUGAUGGAUUUGUGGAUUCUAGCGAUACAUCUCUUUGUUUGUGUGUGUGUGUGUUUUGAGAAGAGGGGGGGCCGCCGUCGAUUCUGGCAGGACACCUCCUCAAUGUGCUCUGUUGUGGCAGGUCCAGUAAGCAUACAGGGUAGAUAAAAACAAGCCAAAGCUGUGAUGCUGGAAAGAUAAAAGUGUAAAAGUAUGAUUUGUAACAUCAUGAAAGGUUUUUGGUCUUUUAUUGCUUUUGUAAAUUAAUACUUUAUUGUCCAUAUAAAGGAUCCAAUAAGCAUGUAUUGAUAUGUAAAUUUUGAUUGAGAUUAUAGUAAUCAGGAUUGUUUGAAGGA